UGCAGCAGCUCUGCUCACCAUGGAGCUUUUUGAUUCCUUUCCUUUCAGCAUCCUCCUGGUCCUGCACCUGCUGGUCUCGUACCCGUACAGCUGGCUGGCCCUGCACAGCUUGCCGCUGGGCCCCUUCCUCACAACCAUCCUCCUGAUCCAGGCUGCCACCAGCCUGCUGGCAUUCAGCUUCUCCAACCUGGAGUUCCUCCAGGCAGGAAGGACCCAGAGGGACGCACUGAAGCGGAGCAGCACAGUGAAGCAGCAGCACUGCCACCAUUCCUGCUGGCAGCAAAUUCUUUCUGCCUGCUGUGAUAGCUGCAGGAGGUACUUCUGCCAGCAUUGCCAGGCACCGAGGAAGUACAUCAGGUCCCAGCGUUGCCCGUGGCAUCGUCCCACCAUCUCCUAUUACCGCUGCGUCCACCUCCUGCUGACAGUCGCCACAUCCCAAUCCAUGGCAGUGCAGCUGUCCUGCAUCCUCCUCCCACUGCUCUGCCCCCUGCAGCCCAUCACCAUGCAGAAGAUCGAUGUAAUCACGGUCACCCUCUUCACUAUCCUCUACCUGAACCCCAUCAUGCUCUGGUCCCUAUGGGGCACCCGAGCACAGAACAAACCGAGGCAGCGGGUACGGCCACAGGGCACCAGAGCAGCAGAUGGCACCAUGACGCAUCAGUGCUCCACAUGGCUCAAUCCCACUGUGCAAGCACCUGAGCGCAAGGAGGCUCACACCUGCCUAUGCUGUGCCCUAUGGAAGUCAAGUACUGAGACCAUCACCACCAACUCCUGCACGAGCUCAUCACCAUCCCAGAACUGCUCGAUGCUGGCAGUGUGGACAUCAUCCCAGAUGGAUGCAGCGAUGUCCCAAGAGGAGGAGGGCCACGAGGCUGCUGUCACAGGUGAAGGCCAGGAGGAUGAGCAGAAGCUGAAGGCAGAGCCCAUUGCCAUGCUUGGGUAGCCAGGACACCAAGGAGUGACAACCAUCCCGGAUACCAAGAGCAGCUGGCACACAUGGGAAGACACCUCCCUCACCCCAGUGUUCACGCUGUGGUCCAUUUGGACAAAAAGGCAAUAAACAUUUCCCUCCAUGCA